CUGGCAUCGUCGGCGCACGCAUCGCCCACCAGUCCCGCCGCCGACGACGACGGCGCCGCGAGAAAGAGAAAGCGCAUUUCGCCCGGCGUGAAGCGCGCCUGCAAUGACUGUCGCCAGCAAAAGCUUCGAUGCAAUGUCGUCGCAGGCCCGGGCGACCACUAUGUCCCAUGCGAUCGAUGCAAGAAACACAACCUGAAAUGCAGCAUCGACGAUGGCUUCAAGCGGCUGGGAAAGAGAGCCGCCCACGAGGAGAUGGUCAAGGAGCUCGAGAAGGCCAAGGCCAGGCUCGCUCGCUAUGAGGCAUUGGGCAUGUACCUGCCCGAGGAGACGCCGCAGUCAGCCUACACCGGCAGCUAUCAGCCUUCUCCAGAUGGUGGUGCUCCAGUCGCGACAAUGGGUGGAAACAGCGCGUUCGUGGGCGCCAACGAGGCUGCUGCAUCGCGGAGCUUGCUCGACCUCAGCCAAGGGUACCGCGAGCUGGCGCCGACGAGCUAUCCAUCCAUCACGCCUGGAACAUCGCAGACGACGAUUGGCAGUGUGACCUUGAGCGAGUCGCACAUCCUCGACCUCUACCAAGUAUACUUCAACCACUAUCACGAUUUCCUACCUGUGCUGGACCCCAAAGCGACGUACGAAGACUACUACGGCCAUCAUCCGCUUCUGCAUUGGACCAUUGUCGCCAUUGCUGCACGCCGCUAUGAAGCAAAGCCUGGCUUGUUCGUUGAGCUGCAGCGGCCACUGGAAGAGAUUCUCUGGACGACACUUUCGCAAGUCCCGCAAACCUACCAGGUCUGCAAGGCAUUAGCACUACUCUGCGCAUGGCCUUUGCCGAGUGCGUCGACAUCGCAAGAACCGACCAUGAUGAUGUGCGGAAUCAUGUUUCAGCUCGCCAUGCAAUAUGGCUUACAUCGGCCCUCGCAUGCCCAAGACUUCAGCAGAUUCCGCAUGGAGCUGCGCGAGGAAGACAUCGCCGACCGACUCAACACUUGGGCCACUGUCAACAUCGUCGCGCAAUAUGUGAGCACAGGUAUGGGCCAGCCCCCGCUUUCCAGAUGGGCCUGGUUUACCUACGGCUUGCAUCUUGAUCGAAUGAAGCCAGAACUUCAGCGACGAUGUCAGAUUGAGAAAUUCUGCGACACCGUCACCCGCACACUCUUCACCAUGCAGCGCGACCAUAUUGUGGAGGUGGACCAGGCGCAGCGAGGUCUUCAGAUCGACAUGUACGCCCGCGAACUCGGCGAGCUGGAAGUGACGGUUCUGUCGACCAGCAAUUCAUCGAUUGAGAUCCUCUUCCUCAAAGCCGCAGCCCUCCAUCUUCGUCUCACCGCCUUCUUCGACAAGCCGGGUCAGCCCAAUUGGCUUGCAGACCUGCGCAACGUCUACAUCGCGGCCUCCGCACUGUUGGAGCACGUCAGUGAGAUGAAGGCAGAGCAAUUCGCGUACGUCCCUCGCUACGUCGAACAAAUGAUGCUCGCUGCAUCCGUCACCCUCCUCAAGAUCCUCAACUCCUUCUACGCCAAGCAUGUCGACACUGUGCACGGCCGUACACUCUUCAGCCGCGCUGUCGGCGCCCUCCGCAAGCUCAGCGUCCGCUCCAACGAUCUACCCCAACGCCUCGCAGAAGUCAUGGCCCAGCUUUGGCUGUCCAGUGGAGCUGGCGAGCAAGAACUGUUCAAAGCAGACACACGCAACGAUUCCGGAGAAGAACUCCAACUCAAAGUCCGCUGUCGCUCCUCGCUUUCGGUCCUCUACGACGCGAUCUGGCGCUGGCGCGAGAAGGCCGGCAAAGCAGGAGGCGACAAUCUAAUCCACGACAUCCAAAACCCAACAAAACUCCCCGACACC